AUGGCAAACCAGCACCUGUUUAGCUAUCGGUGUCUUCCAUGGACUAGGAUCAAAACUAUAAUUUUGGCGGUGGUAGUAGCCAGUGAGUGUGGUCAUAGUUUUUUAGGCACGAAUUUUUUAAGGCCUUUAGUGUUCCACAAGGAGGUCCGAUAUCCCGCCAAGGUGCUGCAGAAAAGGAUUGAAAACUUCAACUUUACUCUACCAGCUGUUCCUGGUGUUUACAGUAGAAGUAUUCAGGGUAUCCUUGCGUACGACCUGACACACUCUGGUGCAUCAGCCAACGUGACGAAGGGCGGCCUUGGUUACAACUUCGUUAACAUGCGGAUGAAGAGUGAUCGCUACAAGGAAUUGCAUUACGAUAUUUAUAUUUAUGCUUAA